UUCUACAAGGCUGAGAGUUUGUCCCUUCUCUCGGAUCGCCCAGUCUCUUUUUUGACUUCUCUUCUUGGCCGAUUCCGUCCUUCAUUAGUGAUAUUCUUAUCUUUUGUUCCUGGCGCCUGGCGUGCCCCGAUUAUUAAUUUUAUUUUUCUCAUGGCGAAGCCCUACAGCGACGCUGCUCUCGAGGAGGAGCCUUUCCUCGCGAGAGAAGAGGGGACAGGACAGAAGUGGGAGGGGAGCAGAGGUCUGAGGAGCUUGCCGGAGAGGUUACAGAGACUGAGCCCGCAUUGGGUGUGGGCAUGCCACGCCGUCCUGCUUACCAUCUCUUUUACGUUCUUCGCGCUGUCGUUCUGCUCUACGGCCUCGAGGAUGACGGACCUAGAAUACACGCGAAGGUACUCGGCGUGGUCACCUGCUGCCAGCGCGGUCAAAUACGAGACGCAACAAUUCGAUCUGCCCCCGAAGGCGGAGGGCCCCUACGUCGGGAAGGGGGAUGAUGUGGAUGCGGCAUGGGAUGAAAUAUCAGCGAUUGGGGACACGAUGAUAUCGCGCGAAGAGAUGCUCAAAUUAGGCCUGGAUCCCGACGUUUCCCUCGCCAUCACCGACCCGAGAGACGGGAGGCCGGGCUAUCGGGUCGCCUUCGAAGUCUUCCACCAGCUGCACUGCCUAAAUCUCAUACGGCAGAACGUGUACAAGGACCAUUACGCACCGUUGGGAGGCGAUACUUCUGCGCAGCCCGAGCAUCUGCAGGGCCACCUCAACCACUGCAUCGACGCGCUGCGGCAGUUCGUCAUGUGCCAGGCCGACGUCGGCGUCUUCAGCUUUACCUUUCCCUUCAACGACGGCGACCCGUGGCCGAACUACAGCACGCCGCACACGUGCCGCAACUUCGACAGCAUCCGCAGGUGGGCCAUCGACCACAUAGUGCCGCGGGGACCGGACGAACCGGAGCAUUGACGGGCGACGGGAUUGACGGGUAUUUGUGAUUUGUACCAUCGCCACAUGGAGAGAGAGAUAUAUAUAAAGAAGGAAUAGCAAGAAAUGGCUCUAUCCAAGAUUUGGGAUUUAUACCUAUACACGUAAAGCCGGAGAUG